AUGAUGGCACCGCAGCGGAAGGAAGCACGCAACGCCGUGCCGCGCAGCCACCACGCCUCAUCACUCAGCGCAGCCACUACGCUGAUAGCUGUGUUCCUCCUCCUUGUCGCUUGCGCAUCUGUCACGCAAGCGCUGCAUGUGAGCCCGGCGUCCGCAGAGGCAGCGAUGUGGAGCGGCACGGAUGUGUUCGCGUCCUCUGAUUCGCACUCAGACCCGAUCACGUGCGUCAACGGCGGCAUCCCUUCCGGCGACCACUGCAUCUGUCCCCUCUACUACACCUCGGCGAACUGCUCGCAGCGGCAGUGCCCCAACUCCGUCGGCGGCGAAGGGCCGCAUCGCGUGUUGCCUGUGAACUCGACGAACAAGCUCUGUGAUCACUGCGACGAAAAGGAAUUCACCGGCCUCAGCUGUCAGAUAUGCCAGAGCAACGCGGCUUGCAGGCAGUACGCCGGAAGCGCUGCUGAGUGCGACAACAGCACGUUCACCCGCGGUGACAAUAAGCAAUUCCAGUGCACGCUAAAGAAUGAGUUCUUCGUGAGACUCAUGAGUGGCAACCGCAACAUCACCGCGGAGGUCCUGUUCAACUGUACCACAUCAGACGGCACCGCCUUCAGGAAGGGUGAGCAGGGUAUGUGCAACAUGGCCAUCUAUCGCAUAGAGCCGAAUCACAGCUAUGUGGAUCCCUUUUUCCGCUGCGACGCGCAGGCGUGCUCGCUCAAGUAUGGCCAGAAGGGCCCUGACAUGAGCGACGCAAACAACAACACGCUGCGCCAGCGCUUUUUCCGCGCCGCCCGCACCGCUGGACAGGUGGCGCUCAUCGUCGAGUGCGCCUUACUCGCGCUUCUGGGUGGCUUCACCGCACUGCUGGGGCCCAGACGCACCACGUCCAUCACUGUGGCUCUCGCCUCCGUGAUCACCGUCACGGUGCUGGUGUACAUCUCCUUGAUGAUGCUCAGUAUGCAGUCCAUCUCCGCCCCGGAGCAGACCGUCAUCUACGAGUGCAAGAAGACGCAUUGCGCCUGUGCCGAGGACCCGCCGCCGCAGUACGACCCGAUAUGCUCACAAAAAGAGGAGUUGAGUAAACAGAUCCUGCCGUCGAUCAAGAACAGCAUCCGGGUUGUCUGCGGGCAGAAUACCUCGCUCUGCGAGCUGACGCUGGCGGAUCUCUCGCUGGUGUUCCAGGCGGACUGCCGCGCCUCCGAGUGCGUCGACACCGUCCGCUUCCCGGAUGACUCGUCGAGCGACAGCAACGACGACGGUGGCGGCGGUACGGCCGUCCUGGCGAAGCUAAAUCUCGGCUUUCUUCUCGUGUUGCUGGUGCUACUCGUGGUGAGCGGGAUUGGAACUCACUAUUACUACACUUGCAGCAUCUCCUACGAGCGUGACAGGGAUUUCCUCGUCACCUUCCACGUGAGCACGCCGUACAGCGACGACGGCGACGUCCACGAGACCGGCGACCCAGCUGUUCUUGAUGACCGCCACGUGCACCUGAACGGCAACGCGGACGGCAGCGCCGUUGAACGCGAGCAGGAGCCGCUGCUGUACAAUUCACCGGCUCCGCGAGCCGAGCGGCGGAACUUUCUUCCACGGGGUGUUUCCAGCAGUCGUCAUUCUGAGGGCAACGUCUCUGUUCGCGCGAGCGUGUAUGAGCAGGCGCGCGCCUUGACGCCGGCGGCGCGCGCGCGCAUUGAGGAGCUGCGCCGGCUCACCGCCGCACCGCUGGAGCUGCAGGUGUCAGAGCUGCGGUAUACCUUGAAUACGCCUCUGCUGGGGGCUGCGGACGAGGGUUCGCAGCGCACGCUGCUUCACCGCAUCAACUUCACAGUGCACUCGGGGGACGUGCUGGCAAUUAUGGGACCCUCCGGUGCCGGUAAAACCACGCUGCUGGAUUUGCUCUCGGCUCGCGCGAAGCCAGGGGAGGUUAGCGGCACCAUCACCCUGAACGGUACGCCCAUCACGACGACCGGUUCCCGCACGGCACAAUACCGCAACAUCAUCGGCUACGUCUCACAGGAGGACACGCUGCUGCCAUCCCUGACUGUCGAGCAGACAAUCCUCUACGCCGCGCGGCUAAAGCUGCCGAAGGCGCUUUCGCACAUCACUGUGCGCCGCAUUGUGGCGCGCGUCAUCGAGACGCUGAAGCUGCAGCACUGUGCACAGACGCUCAUUGGUGGCGAGACGACACGCGGCAUCAGCGGCGGCGAGAAGCGCCGCGUGUCUAUCGCUGUGGAAUUGCUGGCGAACCCGCGUAUCCUGUACCUUGACGAGCCGACGAGCGGCUUGGACGCGGUGAGUGCGAAGCGCGUGGUGGAGGCGGUGGUGGCGCUGGCAAAGGACUCAGCGAUGAGCAUGUAUGCCAUGCACUACUUUGCGUUCCAGCCUAUCGUCAUCUUCAGUAUCCAUCAGCCCUCACAAGAGAUCUACGAGCUUUUCGACAAGGUGCUGCUGCUAUCGCGGGGAAUGAGCAUCUACUGCGGCUCUGCCGCGUCCGCCGCGGCGACGAUCGAGCGGCGGGUCACGGCCGCCUUCGGCCACACGCGGGAGGUGCCGAGGAGGGAGGUGCACAACAACCAGGCGGAGUACCUUAUGAAGGUCGAAGAGAUUCUCGACGACGCCGUGCGCGCGGAGCUGCAGGAAGAGGACGCACUCGAGAACACCGAUACCGCAGGUGCGCCGUACAGGAGCGCCUCGGCCGAUGGGUCUCCACUGGCCGCGGCUCGCACGCAAGUGCCGCCUUGCCGCAGUCCCGAGUCACCGGCCCCGCGCGCACCCUCGCAGUCCGUCGGCUGCCACGACUCCGACGACGGUGAGCAGGUAAGCGGGGCCGACAUCCUGAGCACCACGUUUGGCUUCCGCAUGUACUACGCGAACGUGUAUGAGCAGCUGCAGCUACUCAUCUCUCGCUCCAUCACGUGCCUGUUCGGCUCCUUCCACCUGGUGAUAUGCCACUCGGCCGUGGUGGCGUGUCUUGCGACGCUCAUGUGUGUCCUCUAUCACGAGCAGGCCCUUGAUCUUCCCGGGUCGCUCAACCGCGCCGGCUCGGUGUCUUUCCUUCUGCUCGUCACCUCCUUUUUGUCUCUGAGCUGCCUUGAGCAGCUCAUCGUCGAGCGGAAGCUGUUCAACGUGGAGCGGGAGAAUGGCUUCUACACCACAUGUCCGUAUCUGAUCUCCAAGAUCGUCGUCGACAUCAUCCCGCUUCGCAUUAUUCCAGCCGUGGUGCUCGCCUCGGUCAUCUACUUCCCCAUGGGCUUCCGCGUCGACGCAGGACUGCACUUCUUCUACUUUAUCCUCAUCAUCGUGCUCUUCUCCAUCUGCAUGACGAUGGUGAUUCUGUGCAUCGGUAUCGUCAGCGGCUCCUUCGGCGCCGCCGCGCUGCUCAGCAGCGUCCUUAUCUUGUGGAACUUCGUCUUUGGCGGCGCGCUGGUGCAGGCCGAGACAAUCCCGCCCUCGCUGCGCGCCUUCAAGUCCAUUUCGCCCUUCUUCCUUGCUUUCGAGUCGCUCAUGGUGAACGAGCUCGACGGGCAGCACUGCGUCUUCUCUCCGACAGAUGAGACGGGGAAGAAGUCGUCGGCCAGCAUCCCGAUUAUGUGUGUACAGUACCUGGCAAACAUCGGGCUGAAGCCGGAGCGGUUCAACGCCGAUGUCAUGCAGCUGGCUGUGUACUGCCUUCUUUUCGUGGGCCUCUCCUGGGUGCUGCUCUCCAGCUGCUCGAAGCUCGUUCACUAG